AUGGUUUUCUUCUGCUUCCUGGUAGACCAGAGGAGGACGAUGAGGAGCACGAAGCCCGUGGCGGGGAUGUGCUCCCGAUGCGGCGGCGGCGCCAGAGUGGCGGACAUGGAGACGGCCACCCGCGUCUGCUACGUGCCGGUGCACCGCCGCGCCUGGCGGGCCAUCGUCUGCACCUUCUGCGGCGCCGUCCUCAAAUCCUACCAGCACUUGGGCCGUCGACGGUAA